UUCUUCUUUGGAAGGGCAGCGCCUGACUUAAACCUCUGCAGGUGAGGGGGGUUCUGGGCACAGGUUGGGGCCGUAGGUGAUGCCGGCCCAGGUGCAGAACUGAGGCGCUCGGACUUGAAACAGCUGCACCUGACUUGAGCCCCUCCAGGAGCUGCGGAUGGAAAAGGGAGAGGAGCCUUUGGACCCUGAGAAAGAGUUGGUUGAGCAGAUCUGGUACCAUGGAGGACUGUCUGAAAAGGAAGCAGAAGCCCUGCUGCUGGCGGACGGGGACUUCCUGGUAUGGGCUUCCCCCUCUGCCUUGGCCUCCGGCUCCAGCCCCCUGGUGCUGUCCUGCUGCUGGGGCGGCCGAGCCCUCCACCUGGAGGUGGUGCGGAUCCAGCUGCGCCCUCGCCCCGGCAGGCCUCGGGCGCUCUUCCAGCUGGAAGGCGAGCGCUUCCCCAGCGUGCCCGCCCUGGUAAACUGUUACGUGACCACGCAGCGUCCCUUGUCCCAGGCUUCAGGGGCCGUGGCCUCUCGCCCUGUAGCCCGCCGCGGACCUCCACAUCCAGUGACCUCCGGCAAGCCCCACCACCGGCGGAGCCUGAGCGGGGACGGCUGCAGUGAUGGUGCACGCCAGGCCUUCAGGGACCUGCUCAGGACCAAGGAGCUCAGUGGUAGCCAGCCAGCCAGCCUAGAUAUCCUGGGGCAUAAGGGAGGCCCUCCUAAGGAUAGCAAAGGCCCAGAUGAGCUCCAGAUGGCCAAAGUGGUACCUCCUGUUUCCCCCCUUUUCCGUACUGGCAGUGAUCCUGUAUUGCGCAGGGCCCAGUACCUGAGCAGGGGCAUCCCACAGUGGGGUUCAGAUGGGCAGCUGCAUCCCAAGGUGCCACCCAAACCUCCACGGGCACCUUCUGUAAUGUUGCCUGAACACUCCGGGACUCCCACUUCCUCUGAGCUGGUGCCCCAGGAGAUGCUCCACCUGGAAGGGAAGGCAAGGCAAGGGGAGGAAGCUGGAAGCAGGGAGGAGGCCGGACAUGGACCCAGAGACAGACCAGAGCCAGAGGCCUCACACGCCCACCUCAGCCACAAACAAGGUGCACAGGAGAUCCCUUGGUGGGAAGAGCAGGAGGAAGAAGAGGCUGAAGAUUUUGUGAGACCCCGAGGAGGAAUUCCCACUGCCCUUCAGCCCCAAGCCUUUUCUUCCUGCUUGCUGGGCCCUGAGAACCGACCCUUGGAGCCCGGUACCCUUCAGACCCUUCGCGCCUUGUUCUUGCAGCAUGAUGUGAGCACCGUAGCCCAACACCUGCUUCUCACCGACUGCCAGGCAGUCCAGGUUUUGGGUGUGACUCGAGCUCAGCGCCAGGCAAUGGGUGUCCCCUCGGGGCUGGAACUCCUCACGCUACCUCAUGGUCACCAGCUUCGGCUUAACCUAUUGGAGAGGCACGAGGCCUUGGCCCUGGCUGCGGCCAUAGCUGUGGUGGGAUGCUCGGGGCCAGUGGCCGAACGCGCGGCCACCCUGCUCGGCCUUAUCCAGCUGGCGCUGGCCCUCCGGGCCCCCGGGGGCACAGGAGAUCUGUUUGCGCUCUCCUCAGUGAUGACGGCCUUGCAGCUGCCCCAGAUCACCCGGCUAGAGCAGACAUGGCGCCUCCUCCGGCAGAACCACACGGAGGCUGCGCUGGCCUUUGAGAAGGAGCUCAAGCCCUUUGUCCGGGCCCUGGAUGAGGGGACUGGGAUGGGCCGGCCUGGGGAGGUGGCCCUGCCUCACAUAGUGCCCGUGGCCCGGCUGCUGGAGGGGGCCCAGCUGUGGGGGUCCGACGAGGAGAGCUGCGAGCGGCUGCUGUGGACGCUGCAGGGAGCCCGCGCCGUGGCCGACAACGCCUCCCACUAUCGAGAGGUGGCCAGGGCCAAGCUGAAGGGUUUCCAGCCCACCCCAGAGCUGUAUGAAGCCUUCCAGACUGAGUUUGCCCUGAGGCUCCUCUGGGGCAGCCGGGGUGCUGGCGUGGGACCGGAGGAACGGCACAAGAAGUUCCACCUUGUUCUCAGUGCUCUCUCCCGGAGGCUGGAACCCGAGGGCUGAAGUCACCUGGGUUGGCCGGAACUCCCCUUGGACCACAAGCCUCCUGGGAAGAUGGAAGUCUUCUGCCCCUGCUCCCCAGUCUGACUAAUGCUAGCUGGGCCGGUGUGAGCCCUGCCCCCCUGGCCCACACCUGGAGAAGUGAGGGCCUCCAGAGCAAGGGACAACAAUUGAGCCCUCAUUCCCAGUUCCUCUCCCCGCUCCUGGGACCUGGAAGUGCCCCCGGCCUCUCGCUGCCCUUCCAGAACCUGAGAGGCUUCUGGGAGAGGCAUUCACUACCUCGCAGAAGUUGUUGCUGCCCCUUAAGUCGGAUCUGCUGCUUUGGAUCAGCUCUUCACCCGAAGCAAACCUUGUUUUCCUUCCACUGGGGGAAGGGGACAUUGCUAGGAGCCUCCCCGCCCCCCCCCCCCAUCCCCUCUUGGAUAAGCUCCUUAUGCUCACAAAGUGGGAACUUGCCAUAUCCCUUCCCACAAGUCACAGGGAUCAGAUCAAUAAUGUCUGAGGCACGCGCAGACCCAGAUGGGACACGGAGGCUCCCUUCCAGGGCUGCAGAGCUAGGGUGGGCAGGGGAAGGGACAGAGGAGGCCUUUGUGGUGGCCCCGCUGUGGGGACAGGUGGGUGAGGACACAGUGGGCUGGGGGAGGGUCCGGUGACACAGGCCGCCCACCCAAACCCUAAAUAAAGCUCCAAGUCAGGGGCUGCACACAGUCCAUUUAUACAA